AUGUCGUCCGUAAAGCCCUCGUACAAGAGCCUCAUCCGCCAGAAUGGCUCCUUCGCGCCGGGCUCGCUUUCAAACAUCAACCAGGGCGCCAGGUCCUCUCCUUCCAUGGAGGCACAGCCUGGCAACAUCCCUCCCAACGACAACGACAAUCAAACGGGCCAAAACGCAUCCGAGAGCAGUGCUCCUCCCACCGGCGACAUGGCUCAAGACCUCAAAGGCAUGGGCAGUUGGGCGGGCAGGGGUUGA